AUGGAGGAACAUAUCCGAAAUAGUAUUUCCAGUCACCCUCAUCCCUUCCAGCACAUGACGAGCAGCUCGCCUCAUUCGUCACAUCGCAUGGAGCGAUUGACCUCGCGCGCAUACGACGAGGGCACAUCUACCGGCAUCGAAGCCGAGGACCCCAAAAUGGCCCAGCAGCAACACCGCCACGUCUCUACCGAUACUGACGAGGAGGGCCAACCCCCGCCUCGAUACACCUCUGAGACGGAUCCCUUUCAGCUUGCUUCGAAGCUGAAAACUGAAGAGGAAAUUCGCCAGAUCAAGGCUAAUAUCGGCCGUAAGCGCGACACCAAUGGCACACGGAUGAUGGAACUGGUGCGUGACAGCGGGGCCAAGGGCAAAAACGCGCUUGUCGCACGCAAGUUGCAGGGCUUCUACGAGGACCAAAAUGAGAAUAUCGAGCGGCUGCUCCGACCUGUGGAGGAGCAUGUGCGCGCCGCACGGGAACUCAACUCGGAGAAUAGCGUCAAGUAUAAGAUCGCCGUGUAUGGCAGUUUCGCGGCCAACAUUAUCCUCUGUGUGGUUCAGGUGUACGGUGCGGCGUCCUCGGGAUCGCUUUCACUGUUCACCACCAUGGCAGAUGCCAUUUUCGAUCCCAUGUCGAACUUGACUCUGCUGCUGUGCAACAAGGCUGUGAAUCGGGUUGAUCCUCGUAAAUUCCCGGCCGGGAAAGCCCGAAUUGAAACCGCGGGAAACAUCUGCUUUUGCUUCUUGAUGACGGCUGUCUCGUUCAUUAUUAUCGCCUUUUCCAUUCGCGAACUCGUCGAGGGCUCGGAUACACUUCUUGCCUCGUUCCAUCUGCCAUCGAUCAUCGCGGUGGCUGUCGCCUUCGUGACCAAGCUUGCCCUGUUCAUCUUCUGCUUUGCCUUGCGCGACCAAGUCUCCCAGAUUCGAAUUCUCUGGGAAGACCACCGCAAUGAUCUGCUCAUUAACGGAUUCGGUCUCUUGACCUCCGUUCUCGGCUCCAAGGUGCGAUGGUGGAUCGAUCCCAUGGGUGCCAUUCUCCUGUCCGUUUUGGUCAGCGGUCUGUGGUUACACUCAGCCUAUGGCGAAUUCCAGCUCCUCGUCGGAGUCACUGCCGAUACAAAGAUGCAGCAGCUCAUCACAUACAUCUGUACGUUGAACCACCGGCCCUCAUUCUCUUCCCUCUACGUUAUCCCUGAAAUCGCUCAUACUAACAAUUCAUGUUCCCUAUCCCCAGCAAUGACUCACUCUCCCUAUAUCACCGCCAUUGACACCGUCCGCGCUUACACCUCCGGUCCCCGACUCGUCGUCGAAGUCGACAUCGUCAUGGAUGACUCGGCUUCUCUGCGAGCUACCCACGACGUGGCCGAAGAAUUGCAAAUGAAGCUCGAGUCGCUACCCGAUGUUGAGCGUGCCUACGUGCAUGUUGAUUACGAAACCACCCACAAGCCGGAGCACUUCCUCAAAAAGGAACUUUAA